GUACAGUAUGUGUGCGUACCUUAAGCAGACAGGUGUUGGUGAGCACCUGCUUGGGGUCCACCACGUCCACCAAAGGCUCCUUGAUGGCCACAUUGCGAAUGCAGCUCAUAUCAAAGCCGUACACGUUCUCCCACCCUGUACACACAAACACCUAAAGUACUGUUUGCAUUUUUGAAAGUGGUUUAAGCAGAAUAACUCACAGUGGAUCUUGAAGUCUUUGUACUGCCUGUCCUCUAUGGCCACCACAUAAAGAGCAGCACGGUCAGGAAACAUCAGACCUCCAGGUUUCUGAGAACAACCAGAGCGUCAGCACUCUCGAGCUCAAAGGUCGCCAGCACCGCACCCGCCCAGCCCACCCUUUGGCGUACCGUACCAGCCACUUGUCCCUGGCGAAGAUGACGGUGUUGAGCAUGGACUCAUAGAAGAGGCAGUAGCCCAUCCACUCGGAGAUGAUGAUGUCCACCUUCUCCACGGGGAGCUCCACCUCCUCCACCUUGCCUUUGAAGAUGGUGAUGACUGCAUGCGGGGAAAAGACACUAAGCUGCAGGACAAUUCCAGCUUCUUUUGGACCAUCUUUGGACAUCUGUGGGUGCUAAUUUUGCUGAAGAAAACUGGUGGAAGGAAGAAGAUGUCAUCCGCGUAUAAAGACGGCGAGGACUGGCUGACUGUAUGUCUCAAGUAUCUGCUUUUUGUCUUCAACUCACUAUUUUGGGUAGGAGGAGCGGCCGUCCUCGGUGUGGGCGUGUGGACGCUGGUGGAGAAGAGUGAGUUCCUGAGCCUGCUGGCCUCUAGCACCUUUGCCGCAUCCGCCUACAUCCUCAUCCUGUCCGGGGGGCUGGUCGUGGUCACAGGCUUCCUGGGCUGCUGCGCCGUCGUCCGAGAGCAGAGGAGCUGUCUGUCCACGUAUUUCUUUUGCCUGCUUUUGAUUUUCUUGAUCGAGCUGGUGGCUGGAGUACUGGCUUAUGUUUACUACCAGAGGCUGAGCGAAGAGCUGAAGCAGCACCUGAAGCAGACCAUGACAGACAACUACGCCCAACCAGGAAAGGAGGCUAUCACGUUAGCUGUGGACAAACUACAACAAGAUUUUAAGUGCUGCGGUAGCGAAAACUACCAAGACUGGAUGACGAGUGUUUACAUUACGUCAAAGCAUGCUCAGGGCAGGAUGGUGCCCGACAGCUGCUGUAAGUCCAUGACGCCCGACUGUGGCAUCAGGGACCACCCAUCCAACAUCUACAAUGCAGAGGGUGGCUGCAUAACCAAGCUAGAGCAGUUCUUGGCAGACCACCUGUUGGUGAUAGGAGCCGUGGGGAUCGGAGUGGCCUGUCUGCAGAUCUGUGGGAUGGUGCUCACCUGCUGCUUGUACAGGAGGAUCAAGAUGGAGCCUUACUGAGCCGCAGUGACAUGUUUUAGCGCCUCUUAUUUCACUCCACUGGAUUAUCUUCCUCUGGUGUCAUCCUUGUGUCCAUCAUCUUUCAAAUGACCAGGGCGACAACUAAAUAACUACACUCCACGCAAGGGGAAACACUAUCAUUUUUCAAUGAUGUGUGAGGUUUAAGCUUAGCAAUAUCAGCUCACCUUACUGCAUGUUUCAAGAGGGAGACAAUGAGAUCAAAUCCCCCUGAUGACCGUUAAAAAAAAUAAUAAAACAUUGCCUGUAAAAUUAAGCAUGAUAACCAAAGAAUGUGCUUUGAGUGUAUACUGCCACCUGGUGGCUUACAUUAGUUAACAAGAUUUCUGAACUAGUCUGAGGGGAAAAGGUUUCAGCAAUUGUUGACUGACUUUAAUUGUUCUUUUCAGAGGCCUUAAAGGGAGUUCUAAACAUAUAUAUUCUUAUUCACUUAGAAAUGAUUAGUUCUUUAAUGUGGAACUUUAAUAACCACUACUCAUGCUCGCCAACUGUAUUAUCAAAACUCAAAUAAACAAAGUGCACGAAUGUUGUUGAAAUAGGCAUGAUUGUACUUUGGUAGUGCCCUGAUUCUUGGGUGUGAGCCACCAGAGGGACUCAAAGCUUACAUUUGAUCAACAAUCAGCUCAGCAAGUACUUUUGUGUGCGUCUCUCUGCAGGCCUUUGCCUUGUUCCUUGUGAAAUAUUUCAUGUACAAUGAGCAUGUUGUUAAAGAUGAGCUUCUCUUUUGAGGUCUUGGGUCGCUCUCAUGUCUUAUUUUCAUGUAAUUACAAGCCACACUGCUGGUUGACUGAAGGGGUACCCCCUACCGCAGUCUCCAAACUUGGCCGUGGUCCCUGUUGAAAACGCAUUUAUCCGUCUUAAAGAGCUGAUGUGGUUUUUGGGGGUCGUUUUAAAAUGAAACUCUAUACGUAUUACCUCUCUGCCCUGCACAUACAUUUCUUGUAUCCUAUUGUUAGGGCUAUAUUGCUACCAUAUGACUUAAAUGUAUUAUUCUUUGUUUUCUGCGCCCUUGGCUCCAGAAGUCUUACGACCUAGCGUGGAAUGCACCAUCUCCGUACGACCUUUUAAGGGACAAAAAAAGAAAGGGGCCUGGAUGUUGUCCAACAUUUUGGGUGCUUGAGGGAAGCUCCACUUGGUUGCCAGUCUUUAAAAACUGUGCAAAACGUAUUGGUAGUAUGAAGUUUCAGGGGUCUAUAUGUCCAGACAUACUGUAGAGGUUUUCUUCAUGCUUUUAUUCACAAACAUGAAACAAGAAUUUCUGUUUGUGUACCUUUGCAUGUCAGCAAGCUAUUACUCACUUGGGUGUAUCUGUAAGAGCAGCUAUGCUAGCACGUGCUAUUGUCUCAGGGAAUACACCUGCGUUCAAUAUGUGCGGCGCCUCAAGCCUUAUUGAUAUGUGUGCAUGGGAAAAGUUGUACGUCUUGUUUGUCUGCACAUCUGCACAGAGACAUGGGGGUCCAUGGUUUGUUUGGCUGUGGUUAAUUAGCCGCGCCUGAAGGAUGUAAACAUGUCACAGGGAUUUGAAGGUGAGUCAGCCUUUACAAUGUCUGUUAUUUGUCAUGUGCCAGCUAGAAAAACAAUACAUGUACGAGAGGAAGUUUUUUCUGUGUUCUCUCACAGAACACCUUAGUCUUUGACCGUGAUGCCACUGCAGUGCACUGCUAAGGCCACGGGCUUCCAAAAGGGGGCUCAUUAUGGGACAAAAACAGUUGGAAUUCCUUCAGCAUCUUAAGGAAAGAAUGCCUCGUUUUGCUAGAAAGCACUCGAGCAGAGAAGUGUUAAAAGUGUCUGAGAGCAACUCAACGGAUCUGAAGAAUUUGUAUGCUCACCGCCAAAUGUAAAUUACACCAUGUAUAGGAUUUAAAUUCAAAGGGGCCAAAAGGGUGCACUUUCACUUUGCGCAACAGUGGUUUCAGAGGUAUGUAUGUGUGGGAGAGUGAGCCCAGACAGAAACAAACGUGAAAAGUGUUUCAAGACGACUUUGCUAGACCAUGAUGAUGAUCAACAUUAUCAUAAUGGAUGCAGUGAUUGAUACCAAACAGAUGGCAUGGUGCAUUGUGAUGUGUUGUUGUGGCCUCACAGUGCAUGUAGCUUGAUAGUACCCAUUGCGCAGCAAUAUGAUGGAUCUCUUAUUGAGUCGGAUCUACGUUCUUUGAAGUGACACACAAAAUUGACUGUUGUGUCACAAAGUAAUGGAUAUUUUGUUGCCCUUCAUGUGGAUGUGGAACGUCAUGCUUGCUGUACGUCCAGAUUUGGUGUUUUGAGCAAUGUAAUUUAUGUGGUUUUGGAGGGAUGUUUCCCCCUAGUGUGUCUGUAACCUCUUAUACUAUACAUUUUGUUUAAUACUGAAGGCAAAGCUGAACCUACACCAGGGUUAUUCAACUGGCGGCCCCCCGACCAAAUUCGGCGCAUGAAUCAUAUCUGACUGGCACGAGUUUAGUUCAAAACUUGGGAGGGGCUAACGUUUUUGCAGAAGAUUACUCCUUUCGGGGGUGUCAAACUCAUUUGCAUGGCAGGCCAAAAUUCAAAGCACACUUUAGGAUCACGGGCUCGACAGGAUAAAGAUUUGUAGCCAUCCCACCCCACACGUUUCACGCCUUAAGACACGCACCGGUCAUUUAAAAACAAUCAUUUAUGUUUCCUGGACUUCAUGUAAGUUUACGCUGAUUUUAAAAAUAAUAUACUCGCCAUUGUACAUCUAAUAAUAACUAUAUAAUAUAUCACAACUUGUCGUGGUAAAGAUAGAGUAGCGUUGAGGUUAGCACGGUGUUGUUGAGUUUGCCCUUAAUCUGGAAACGGAAGUUGUGGUGAAUAUUUGUUAAACCCCACAACAUAAUACUAACAAAAAUAAGACAAAUACUGGCAUUUAUUAUAAAUAAAAGUAAUUUACCACUGAAUUCAGGCCCAAAAAUUUAGAAAAUGCUUUAAAAGAAUAAAUAAAUUUUAAAAAAUCUGCGAUUUGUUGAAGCCGCAAGAUUUGAAUUGCGGUGUAACGAGAGAAGACUACUAUAGUUUUAACACCAGUGUUGAAAUAAUAACUGAUGCAUCCUUGUGGGUUCUUUCUUUUACUUUAAAACAUGUCACCUUAAAGCACUUAUUGGUACAUUACUAUGUUGCAUUAUUUUGCCUUGACUUGACAUACUGGGCAAAAUGAUGUGUCAAUAAAUGUAAGGAUUUUUGCAUUUAAUUCAAGGGUCGGAGCUUCAAAAGCCAUUUUAAGCUGAAUUUUAGGGCUGCGCAGUUUUGAGAAAAAAUAAAUUGUGAUUUUUCUACCAAAAAUUGCGAUUUCAGUCGCAAUUUUGUUAUUGUAUGUAUUUAAAUGUAUUAAACUGCUUGAAUGACUAAAGGAAGUCAUGUUUUUUUACAGUGUCAAUCAAAAAUGUCUCGAGUUGGCACACAUUAGAAAAAUAUGUAAUUACGUUAAAAAAUAUUUGGGUUUAUGUGGACAGCAUCCUCCUCUGGACUAAUGGCAAUCUGCUUUGUGAAUACGCCGAGCUUUUGUCUACAUCAUGUUAAUGAAUCGAAGAAAUAACCAACAAAAACUAUACAAUAACUUGAGCUCAUGAUUAUCUAAUGUAUGUUUGCUUACACCGUCCUUGGCCACUUGCCAUGGCAGCCUCUUCACUUUCCACCUAUUUUGAACUCGGCCGACAAGCCUCGUGUUGUUGUCACCGGUUCCUUCAGCCAUUUUAGACAGUCAUUACAACUUUUUGCAGAUAUUAUAUUAUAUUAGUUAAUAACACAUUGAUUGCAUCAACCGCAACUCACACAAACUUCCUGUUUCUUCUGAAUGGCCAAGAGGCCAACGACACAAGGCUCGAUAAUUCUUAUUGGCGAACGUGUCUGUCAAAGAAACACAAAAACUUCAGUCUCUUGCAGUUAGGUUAUUGCUAGGGAUGUCCGAUAAUGGCUUUUUGCCGAUAUCCGAUAUUGUCCAACUCUUAUUUACCGAUCCCGAUAUCAACCGAUACCGAUAUAUACAGUCGUGGAAUUAACACAUUGUGCCUAAUUUGGACAACCAGGUAUGGUGAAGAUAAGGUCCUUUUUUAAAAAAUUAUAAAAUAAAAUAAGAUAAAUAAAUUUAAAACAUUUUCAUGACUAAAAAAGAAAGUAAAACAAUAUAAAAACAGUUACAUAGAAACUAGUAAUUAAUUAAAAUGAGUAAAAUUAACUGUUAAAGGUUAGUACUAUUAGUGGACCAGCAGCACGCACAAUCAUGUGUGCUUACGGACUGUAUCCCUUGCAGACUGUAUUGUUAUAUAUUGAUAUAUAAUGUAGGAACCAGAAUAUUAAUAACAGAAAGAAACAACCCCUUUGUGUGAAUGAGUGUAAAUGGGGGAGUGUGGUUUUUUGGGUUGGUGUACUAAUUGUAAGUGUAUCUUGUGUUUUUUAUGUUGAUUUAAUUAAAAACAAAACAAACAAAAAAAAAAACGAUACCGAUAAUAAUAAAAAACGAUACUGAUAAUUUCCGAUAUUACAUUUUAAAGCAUUCAUCGGCCGAUAAUAUCGGCAGGCCGAAAUUAUCGGACAUCUCUAGUUAUUGCAGUAUAUAUAACCUCAAUGUUGAUUCAAUGUCGAGUAAAUGUGCAUCCCUGUUGUAUUUUAUAAAACCGUUGUGAGGUUUGCCUCCUGUGGUGGGUUCUCCUGGCCGACAGAUCUUCGGGAGCCCGGUAGACCGUUUGAAUAAAGUAUUUUUAUUUUGCAUCCACACCCGGGGAUGGCUUGCUUUCCAGCAAUAUAUGUUUGUCUCUGGGCGUGUGUCUCUCCCUGGCUCCAACUCCAACAACGUGUCUCGUACCGGCUGCUGCUAAUAAGGGCGACAGGUGAUUAGAUAACAAGCCCCAGCUGGGCAAUCUACUCACCUGCUGUUGUCUUCAAGGCCGGUCCUUACACACGCCGCUCUGCGGCAGGCCCGCAGACCACGCCCACCUCCACAACCGUUUUCGAUAAUAAAUGGUAAUGGUGGAUUAUUGGAAUAUAUGGUAUUCUGGGUUGUUAAAAAGAACAGCAAUGCACACUGAAUCGAAAAUUGUGUCACAAAACCGUAAUAAGAUCCAAGAAAACUUUACAAUAUAUUGUAUAAAAUUGAGUCGAUGGCGAGUUAUUGUGAUGUAGAGAAAUCCUUUUUUUUUCUUUUUUUUUAGCCAGGAGAUUUCCCAUAUUUUGAAAUGCAAGCGUUAAUGCACCUCUUAGAUACACGUAAUAAAGGUGUCUGUGAAAUCUCCUGAUGUGGUUUGAUGUUUUAUUAACCACUAAAUGAUGUCGCUACCGGUCCGAUG